AACGAUUUAUUUACUGCCAACUUCACGCCCUUGGAGUUCCAAAUGUCAAGUGUCACAAUCACACUUCCAAUUUCAAAAUUUCCAAUAUUUCACCAUUUUUCCCAUUGAUUUCAUCAGUUCUCAUCAAAAACUAAUGUCUAGUCGUGUGUCGUUCAUCCAGGCCCGUCGUUACGCUAAAGUCCUAAAUUCUAACCUAAUCAACAUUUUGAAGACCAUGCCUAAGGAGAAGACACACAUUCCAGAGGCCCAAAAACAGCGCCGCAAAAUCAAAGAAAAGUUCAGUAAAUACAGUCCUGGCAGAGUCACGUUGCAAGUUUUAGGGACGGGGGCCGAGGGGGCCCCUAGAUCACUCUAUGUUUUUUCGGACCAGUCACGAUAUUUGUUCAAUUGUGGCGAAGGCACACAACGUUUGGCCCACGAACAUAAAAUGAAGUUGGCAAAACUGGAACACAUUUUUAUCACACGGCCUACUUGGGCGAACAUUGGGGGGCUGCCGGGGGCCGCCUUGACGAUACAAGACGUGGGGGUGCCCGAAAUAACCCUCCAUGGCCCCCAAGGAUUGGAGGAAAUUUUUAUUGCCACUCGCCGGUUUAUUGUAAUCAAAGACUUGGACAUAAAAAUGGCCCAGUGUGACGAAAAUACAACUUUCGAAGACAACGUUUUGAAAGUUAAAUACGUGCCUCUUAAACGUAGCGGAAAUUCCUCCCCAAUUUCAGAACCAAAAAAUUCAAAUUUGGGCCAAAUGCAGGAAGACAAUAUUGAUUAUUACGCCCAUGAACAUAGUGGUCGGCGCAAAAGCCCGCCAAAAAUCUCCGAAUCAAAAUUACUUCAACAAAAAAACAAACCAACAAAUUUCAGCAUGGCCUAUAUUUGCCAGUUGCAGCCCCGUCCGGGGGCUCUAUUGCUAGACAAGUGUGUCAGUUUUGGGGUGCCCCCGGGCCCCCUUUUGGGGCAACUAAAAUCAGGUCAUGACGUCACUCUUGUCAAUGGAAAGGUGGUCAAAGCGUCAGACGUUUGUGAACCUGACGAUCCCGGUCCUGUUUUUAUAGUGCUUGAAUGCCCGUCAGAGGAAUAUUUAGAUUCACUUAUUGAUUGUGAAGAAUUUAAAAAACAUCAAGAAACGGCAACAAAAGACGAGGAUCUGGCGCACACAGUCGUUCAUUUCACGCCGCAAAAAAUAAUAAAUCAUCCAAGAUACAAAGAAUGGGUCGAUAAAUUUUCCCCAAGCACGCACCAUUUAAUUUUGAACGACAGCAACACUUGCAUGGGCAGUUCAGCAGUUCAUCGAAUUCAAUACAAACUAAACCUUUUAUCUGAUGAUAUUUUCCCGCUUUUGGGCGACAAAGGCACUCAAACAAUUGACGAUCAAGUGACAGAGCCCCCUCAACCCAAAAAAAUCAAACCCGACAGUCCUUCCCUCCCGAUUGACCAACUGUCGGUAAAGUCGCGACCUGCAUCACCCACAGACCCCAACAUUUACACAAACACACUUUUCAAUUACCAUCUGCGACCGAAAAAAGCCUGCGAUCGUUCAAAUGAAUUAAAACUAGUGCCUUCGCAAUUUAUUGACGAAACAAUGGCCAUUGAAAAUUUCCCCUCAGUGUUACACGAAGUGACGCAACAGAUGGCGCAAAAACGGCGCCAUUUAACGGUCCGGGAUUUCCCCCGAUUAUUGUUUCUAGGGACGGGAUCGUCGAUUCCGAACAAGACGCGCAAUACGAGCGGGAUGUUGCUCGAAAUUGACGAAAAUACAAGUAUUGUGAUUGAUUGUGGGGAAGGUACGGUGGGUCAAAUCAUUAGGUUUUAUGGGCAAGACAAGGCAAAUGCCGAGCUGGCUAAAAUAAGGGCGGUUUAUAUUUCUCAUUUGCACGCCGAUCAUCACUUAGGGUUAAUUGGGGUGUUGCAAGGGCGCCAAAGGGCGAUGCAAAAAUUGGAAAAGGGGGCGCAACCCUUGUUUUUGUUAGCCCCCAAACAAAUCAUGUGGUGGCUCAAUUUCUACGACCGCUGUUUUGAAAAAAUAAGCGAGGAGUUUGUUUUGGUCCCUAAUGGCGAACUGUUUUUUAAUAAUCACGAACUGGACCAACUUUUGGAAAAACAGUUGUUAGAAGGGCUCCAGAUGCGUGAUAUAAGCACUUGUCUGGUCAAGCAUUGCCCUAAUGCCUUCGGUGUCAGUUUUGUGCACCAAAAUGGGUACAAAAUAACCUACUCUGGUGACACAAUGCCGUCGGAAAACCUCGUACAGUUGGGCAAAACCAGCGAUUUGUUGAUACACGAAGCCACAAUGGAGGAUGAAUUAGCCGCAGAGGCUGUCAUUAAAAUGCACUCAACGACGUCACAAGCGAUCGAAAUCGGGCGCCAAAUGGAGGCGAAAUACACUCUCUUGACUCAUUUUAGCCAAAGAUAUGCGAAGUUGCCCAGGUUUAACGAGAAUUUUUCGGACAACGUUGGCAUCGCCUUCGAUAACAUGCGAGUGAAACUGGACGAAUUACCGCUGAUUCCCCUCCUGUAUCCGGCCCUUAAAUUAAUGUUUGUGGAAUACUACGAAGAGAUGGAGCAAAAGGCGGCCAAGCGCCAAAUGAAAAUCGAACGGGAGAAAGCCCAGCAAUUUGUAACAUAAAGAUUGAUUAAACGGCUGUUUGUAA